AUGGGGUCACCCUUGUCCCCUGGAAUCCUCAAGGCAGAGGCUGACUGCGGGAAGGAAGCAGCAGGAGAGAUGGGAGCUCGUGCUCCGGAUGGCUUGUUGGGGUGGCUUUCUUGCAGAUCUGCAGGUUGUAGUCAUGGGGCAGGUUAUGGUGCUGAGCGUGUUUGCACCUGCCCAGGGUCUGUCAUGGGAGGUGUUAGUUGUGCUCAGCGGCGUGAACACCAGUGGAUGGUGCAGGGCAUUUGCUCGCAUGUGCAGCACCAGGCAAAGGCAGGACCUUCAGGUGAGGUUAUUGUUCUUGAUGUGUGGGAUGCCAUAACUGAAAUGGAUGAACACAAUCGUCCAAUUCAUACCUACCAGGUCUGUAAUGUGAUGGAACCAAACCAAAACAACUGGCUUCGAACGAACUGGAUCUCUCGUGAUGCUGCACAGAAAAUUUAUGUCGAAAUGAAGUUUACCCUGAGGGACUGCAACAGUAUUCCAUGGGUACUGGGAACCUGCAAGGAAACUUUCAAUCUCUACUACAUCGAAUCAGAUGAGUCUCAUGGAGUAAAAUUCAAGCCAAACCAGUACACUAAAAUUGACACUAUUGCAGCUGAUGAGAGCUUUACCCAGAUGGACCUGGGUGACCGCAUUCUUAAACUCAACACAGAAGUUCGUGAGGUGGGGCCAAUAAACAAGAAAGGAUUUUAUCUUGCUUUUCAGGACAUUGGAGCAUGCAUUGCUUUGGUCUCAGUCCGUGUUUAUUACAAAAAGUGCCCUUUCACGGUCCGUAACUUGGCUAUGUUUCCUGAUACUAUUCCAAGGGUUGAUUCUUCGUCUUUGGUGGAAGUACGGGGCUCCUGUGUGAAGAGCGCUGAGGAACGUGAUACUCCAAAAUUGUAUUGUGGAGCAGAUGGGGAUUGGCUUGUGCCUCUAGGACGAUGCAUCUGCAGUAUAGGAUAUGAAGAGGUGGAUGGAUCCUGCCAUGGUAAGAAAAUA